UUUCUCUUAAAGGUAAGACUAUAAUAGAGAUGUUCUCAAUAUUCCUAUUUACAUAAAUUUUACCGACAAAAAGAUGCCAGCAAAAGGAAAAAGACGAUCACUAAGACAGCGAAAGAUUAUAAGCUACAGUGAAGACCACGAUCCUGAAAAAAUGAGUUCAGAGAGCCUCCAGCCUCGAAGAAAGAAGGUCAAUAAGCGACAGAAGAAACAAAUCAUUGAAAGCAUUCAUGAAGAAACUGAAGAGGAAGAUAUUAGUUGUGAUGAGAGCGACCAGAUUUCAACGCCUAAAGACACACCAAAGAAACGAAUUUGCUUGGUGACUAAAAAGGCUGGUGGCAAACAGAAAUCUAAAAUAACUCCACUCGCGAAGGAAUCUAGUGGGUCUAUCAGAGUUAAGGUCAAAAAGAGGAAAGAUAGCAAAAAUGUAGCCAUCGAGGCACAGAAGUCUGCACUUGAAGAAAACUCUAAGGAUGAUGAUCAAGAUAAGCAUGAGAACAUUGAAGAGAAACUGAAAGAUCUCUCUAUUGACCUCGACUCUGAUUUCGAAAUUGAUCCCAUUUUUAAGAGAUAUGCUUAUGAUUACGAAAAGAAUAAGUAUAUGCAGAGGGAUCAAAAAAUCUACCCUCAAGAUAGAAAACGAAUCAAGUUUAUUGAGAAGAUCAAGACCAAACUUGAAGCUGAGAAGGAGAGGGAUGAAGAUGGAGUUCCCAUCACUAAUAUCAAUGUAGAAUUGAGUAAGCGCAACAAGAUUGUCAAGAGAAGACCUCUUGAACCUUUAUCAUUCAAACAGAGCAAGGAAAACAUCGAGCUGUCUAUUGAUCAAGAGCCUCUGGUCAAGUCUUCUGAUGCGAAGAGAACCAAUUCUAAGAAGAUGGCUCAGAAAGAGUUCAUAAAUAAGCAAAAGGAAAAAUAUGCACAGAGGAUAGGCUACUUACCAGAUUACGAGCCUCCCCAGCAAAGUAAAAACUCUAUGAAGAAGACUAUCUUGACUGAAGAAGAAGCUCUAGCCAAGCAAAAGGAUUCACAGGAAGAAGAUGGGAUGAACCAGAGUUUGAAGCAGACCUUACUAGGCACAGAGUCACUCCAAAAUGGUGAUACCACAAUAGAGCAAAUGGAAUGGGAACUUGAGUCCAAACUAUCUGACAAAGAAAUCGAGUACCUGGCUAAGCAAAAGAAGCGGAUAAUUGUAUAUAUAAAUAACAAUAUCAGGAUGGAUGACAACUAUUUGCUCUGAAAGGCAAUUCAGCUAGGAGAAAAGUUCGGUAAAAACAACUUCGAGGUUAUUCCUAUAUAUUGAUUCAAUCCUAAACUGUUUAUGUUAAGACCAGAGUCUGAGAAAUCCCUUGAGUCUGAUGAAGAUCGAUAUAGAAGCAUCCUCAGAACUAGAUUAAUCCUAGAAAGUGUAAUCGAGCUUAAAACAGAGCUCAAAAAAGUGAAUUCUGACUUACUUAUUUUCUUAGAAGAGCCACACUUAGCAUGCAAGAAGCUUCUCAGAAAUGACAGAGAGAAUUUCAUUGUAUUUGAGAACGAAAUAGCUCCACUUGAGAAAAAAGCAGAAGAGUUAAUUUGCAAAAUGGCUCUUCACAACAAAACGAAAGUAUGCAGAGUAUGGGGAUGUACCUCUGUACAUAUUGAGGAUCUCCCAUAUUCCUUGGACAAGUUUCCACACUUAUUCGGCAAAUUCAAAAAAGAUAUUGCAAAUAUUAGCAUAAGAGAGUUACUGGACCCUCCUCAGAAGGAUGAGAUGCCGUUUCCAUCUAAAGAUAUUGUUUUUGAUCAGGGAUGAUAGAUUUUGUAAAAUCGAACAAUGACAUCGACUAUAUUCCUGACCUGA